UUUAUGACUGGUUUAGUUUCGAUGCUUCUGAUCCGAGAGUGAACAUUACAGGACGAGUUCGGAGAUAGUAGAAAUAUUUUGUCAAUUGAAAAAUACUUGUAAGCGCAAUGGAACCAACAGAACAAGGUGAAGUGAAGGCUGUGAGUAUCAUUGGCAGUCUGGCUGGUUCGCAAGUAGCAGCACCAGUGUUUUCAACACAACCAGCAGAAAUAGAAAUCUUACCGGUUAUUUAUGAAAUAAUCAGAAGUGUUGAGAAGGAUCCCGUGGACAAUACAGCAAAACAAAAAGAAAGCCACGAUUGUAGCCAAAAGAUUUUGGAGCUACAUCGAAGGCUUGAGCUCGCAAGAGGAACAAUCCGUUUACUGCCUGGAAUUAACUACAGCAAAGAAGAACAAUUACGUCGUCUUGAGAGUCUUCAUAAACAACUAACGUUAAAACAGCAGCUAAUUAAAAAAUAUAAAAACGUUCAAUUUUGA